AUGGAAUGCCCGAAUAAGCUUACGCGCUCUGGGGAGGAAUUGGAGGAGUUAAGUAACCUCAUCAAGAGGAAUAAAUCGGACGAUGUAAACUCGCUGGUAUUUUACAAUCAGGAUGGACGUCCUAAUUCUAUGUUAACAGUUGAGCCUCUAGAACCUGAAAAAAGCAGUUAUUACGUUUUUCUCAAAUACCACACUUGCUAUGAUCUACUCCCCGAAAGCGCCAAGCUUGUUGUUCUAGAUACAAAACUGAGCAUCAAAAAAGCGUUUUAUGCACUCAUAUAUAACAAUGUUCGAGCUGCUAUACUAUGGGAUUCAUCCAAACAGAGUUAUUCAGGAAUUCUAACGAUAACUGACUUUAUCAAGGUUUUAGUCACUUUAUAUCCUCCUGAUAGUGGGAAAAUGGAUGAAUUUGAAGAAAGUUCCAUUUCCAGUUGGAGAGAAAUCAAUACAAAUUUCACUACAAUCCCAUUAGUUCAUGUUACACCUGAAUGUUCAUUAUUGGAUGCAUCAAAAAUGUUAUUACAAUAUCGUUUUCAUCGUUUACCUAUUAUUGAUACAUUACAUGGCAAUGCAUUACAUAUUUUAACCCAUAAACGAAUAUUAAAGUAUUUGCAUUUAAAUAGGCAUAAUUUACCUCCAGCUAAAUUUAUAUCUAAAAGUUUACAUGAACUUAAACUAGGCACAUAUAUACCAAAUGUUCAAACAAUUACAAAUAAUACAACAAUUAUAGAAGCUUUAAAACUAUUUUUGAAAAAUCAAGUAUCAUGUCUACCAGUUGUCAAUGAUGAAGAUGGUCAACUUAUUGAAAUUUAUGCAAAAUUUGAUGUGAUUAAUUUGGCCAUUACACGAUCAUAUAACAAUUUGAAUGUUUGUGUAUAUGAUGCACUUGAAUUUCGUAGAUUAAAUCGAGAUCGUUAUCCAACUCCAUUGACAUGUUUAAAAACGGAUAGUUUACAAGAUGUUAUGGUGAAAAUUGUUGAAUCCGGUGUACAUCGUUUAAUUAUUGUUGAUGAGAAUAAAAAAGUUGAAGGAAUUAUCUCAUUAUCAGAUAUAUUGAAAUUUCUUACAAAUUGGUCAACUGAUGAUAAUCAUCAUCAUCAUAACACAUCAAAACGAAGAACUGAUCUUGUUCGAAUUAAAAAAUUCAUUACAAAUCCAUUGCGUAAUUCAUAUCAUCAAUAA